UUUUUAAAAAUAACGUACUUAUUACAAAAACUAUUGUUAAUCUCUCUCCCACGCUAUAUAAACUCGUUUACUCCAUUAAAUGGUUACUGUAAUCAAAAUCCACAAGUCUCUCUCUCUCUCUCUCCUCUCUCAAUUGUUUUUUAAAAAUGGACGAUCAACCGCCGCUGAUCUGGCCGCAGUUUGAAUCCACCGGAUACACUCGUCGACGAUCACCGAUCCCAACUAUAUUAGUUCCAGCGAUGAUCGGAGUUACAUCAGCGGCUAUUUUUCUAGUCUUUGUAACCUUCGUCGUCCCUACGUUUCUCUCCAUCACAUCUCAGAUUCUCCAACCAGCUUCGGUGAAACGAGGAUGGGAUUCGAUCAACGUCGUUUUGGUAGUUUUCGCCAUUUUAUGCGGCGUGCUCGCUAGACGAAACGACGACGGAUUACCUUCGUCGUCGUCGUCGUCUUCGUCGCAAUCAGAAGAAGAAGGACGAGGAGCUGUUGUUAUGAUCAGUGGUGAAAUGUCCGUCGGUGACGGUGAGGUUAGUAAGAUCUCUUCCACGCCGACGGUUUCAUCAGAGCAUUGGUUUGAUGACGUGUAUGAUGCUGAUAGGCUUAAGAUAUAUGAGAGUGUGAGUAGCCGGAGUUUUAUUACGCCUGGUUUACCGGUUACCGGAACUGUACCGUUGAGGCGUAGUAGUACUUCGUAUCCUGAUCUGAGACAAGAUGUUUUCAGAGAGACUGGUGAUCGCCGGUUCCGGUUUUACGACGAUUUCGAAAUUGAUAAGUACCGAUCAGUAAACGAUUCGAGUUUUUACGAACCGUUUCUGAAUCGUUCUAAAAUCGAGAUUGAAGAAGAAGAAGAAGAAAAAACAGAGCCUAAAGAGAUUCAUAUUGAUAAAUUCGUUGUAACACCGUCGUCUCCGCCGAAACAACCACCGGCACCACCACCACCUCCGCCGCCUUCACUUACUCGACAAUCGCCGGUUGAAGUUUCACAGAAACCGAGAAGGGCUCAACGUUCUGUUAGAAACAGAGAUGUACAAGAAAACGCGAAACGCAGUGAGACUAAGUUCAAACGAGCGUUUCAACCUCCGCCGUCACCGCCUCCUCCUCCGCCACCUCCCCCGCCUCCUCUUGUAACCGCUACGCCGCCGAGAAAACAAGGGACUCUUCAGCGGAGAAAGAGCAAUGCGGCUAUAGAGAUUAAAAUGGUUUUCGCUUCUCUGUAUAAUCAAGGGAAGAAGAAGAAGAAGCUUCAGAAAUCUAAGAGAAAGGAGAGAAUUGAAUCUUCUCCGGUGGUUGUGGUGGAUGUUAUGGAAGAGCCGCCGCAAUACCAAUCGUUAAUUCCGCCGCCGUCUCCGCCUCCUCCUCCACCACCACCCCCGCCUCCGCCGCGAUCGUCGCAGUCUGUAUUCUACGGAUUGUUCAAGAAAGGAGUUAAGAGCAACAAAAAGAUUCACUCCGUUCCGGCGCCGCCUCCACCUCCACCGCCGAGAAAGGUCCAAUUUGAUCCUCAGACACCACCACCACCACGGAGAUCCAAAUCCGGAAGACCUCCGCGUCCGACGAAACCGACGAGUUUCAACGAAGAGAACAACGGACAAGGAUCUCCGUUAAUCCAAAUUACGCCUCCGCCUCCACCACCGCCUCCGUUUAGAGUUCCGCCGUUGAAAUUCGUGGUGAGUGGUGAUUUCGCGAAGAUACGGAGUAAUCAGAGCUCUAGAUGUAGCUCCCCUGAACGGGAAGUGUUCGACAUCGGUUGGGGUCUAGAACUCACUCAUUCUGAUUGCGGAGCUGAAACAACGCCCGCUGUGAGCGGCGGCGGUGGUGGUGGUGUGCCGGGGUUCUGUCCAAGCCCAGACGUGAAUACGAAAGCCGACAAUUUCAUCGCCAGGCUUAGAGACGAGUGGAGGCUUGAUAAGAUCAACUCCGUUAACAGAAAAAGGUAACUGGGCUUUGUGUAAGGCCCAUUACGACUACGGCGUAGUUUUGGUCAUCUCAUGACCUGAAAGGCUCCAGCACAUGCACAAGUAAGGAUUACAACUUACAAGAAACAUCUACAAGGGGAGUUUGGUAAAAAAAUGGUCGAGAUGUUUUUAUAUUGGCUGGCGAAUUCGUCGUGAUUUUAAGCAAUGUGCAGACACAACGCAAGGACUCAGUUUAAGUUACGGGUCGGUAUAGUUAUUAGUGGUAAUUGGUUCGAACUGGCUGGUUAGUUUUUGGGUUUAACCGGUUGAGGGGAUUUGGUUUGGUGUGUUGGAUUUUUCAGUUUGGACUUUGGAGUGUCUGUAUGAAAAGUUAGUUAACUAACUUUGGUGUUGAUGUUAUUGUUGGUACGCAUAACGUAUUGAUGUAUGUAUGGGCCAUUAUUGGUAUGAAGAAAUAUAGUUGUGGUGGCUCUGUGUUUUGUUGAGCCUACCUCUUGUGAUUUUUCCC